AUGUCUUUGAGAGUGUGUGUGCAGCUGUUACUCACAGUGACCAUGGUCACAUCUGCCCAAUCUAUAGCGGAAACAAACAAACAACAAACAAAGACUGUUAAAGCUGGUUCUUCCGUGACUUUGGAGUUUGAUGUGAACUGUUCUCGCUGUUUGGCUGUUUCCAUUGUAAGGAUGUCAAAUGGUGUGUCUGAAAAUGUAUCUAAAUACAACGUGACGGUUGACAAGUCGACAUGUAGGGCUCACCUCACAGACGUUACUGAAAAGGACAGCGGCGUCUACUUUUGUAAGGUCACACGUGAGAUUCCAACAAUUGCAUCACAAAACAGCAGUGGAAUUCAUCUAAUCGUAGCUCAGACCUCUAUGGAUAGCACAACAAUACCCACAACAGUUAGUCCCACUGAUGAGCCCUCCACAGAGGACUGGAUUUGGGUUAUUGUUAUUCCAAUGGGAGCAUGUCUCUCUGUGAAACUUCUGUUCAUCACAUUCUUGGUUUUCGGAAGAAUAAAACAAAGACGCAGAGAGCGACAAUGUCCCAUCUACGCAAACGCACAUCCUGUAACCAUGAAGAAAUCUCUGCAACCUCCCCGACAACCAGAACGGGGCUCAUCUGACACCAGCAACUUGAAGACUGCCUCUUCCUCACAAAACCUCAGGUCCCCAAGUCCAAACGCAUCCAGGCCACCUGCUGGAGGCCAUCGUAGACAGUGACUGUCAAUCACGUUUUUUUUUUCCCUGGAUAUUAAUGAAUAUAUUUAGGGUGAUUAUUACAGAUUCCAGCUACUAUUUCACCACGUGACCAAAAUGAUCAUUUUUAAUAAUUAAUAAUUAAUACUGUUCUUGUACUGAAAGUGUUUGAAUGAUGUGUGUUGGGUAAUGCUGUAAUGUUUAAUGGUAUAAACGGUUGUAUGGCCUCACUUUUUCACUCCUUCUUUCUUCACUGUUGAAUAAAU